GAUAGUGGGCCCUGCUAUUUCGAUCAGGACAACCUUGAAGGGUGUGCAGCCUUCCAGGAUGCCAAGAGGAAGCUGCGACUGGUUCUGAGUAUGGCAGACGUUACUUUUGGACUGAGUCAGAUUCACUCUAGCAGUCCUCGAGAAGGAGCAUCAUCCCGUGAGAAUGAGCUGAUCAACAUCUUGAACACACAGCUUGCUGAAGCCAUCAACUUACAGAAUAAAGACAUGAUUGCUCAGCUGUACGAAGCCAUUCGCUGCAUGAAGAUGUUUGAUACGGAUGGGUGUAGGAAGCUGAUCCAGUCCAUGAAAGAAGACUACAGUCGGAGAAGUCCCUACAUUUCCUACCUGGUCAGGUGUAGGCAGGGGCUUCUGUCCACUAGAAACCAGCUGCAGCGGUUGUUGAACAGGGUCACCAGAGACAAGGAGAUCUGCAACAAGCAUCUGACCAACCUGUGUGCCAGGAACUUUCUAGAGAAAAGAGAGAAGAUCAUGUGGAAUUUUAUCAGCGAGUUUCAGAAGCUAUCUGUGUCCGAUGAAAAGACUGACUUGAUGGAAAGAUUUCUCCAAAACCUGUACCAAGAAAUGAGUACUGAUGCACUUUGGAAAGCUGCCAACAGUACACAGAUCGAAGAUGGGCAACAAGCUAUUGAACGCUUCCUGAUGAGCCGUAUAUACACACAUGCCAUGUUUCCCAAUGGAGACGGAGACAUUAUGAGGGAUCAACUUCUUCAGGAGCAUCUUCGUAAGUUGUCCAAAAUUAUCUCCCCGUCGCACAAAGAUUUACGGAUACCUUCCAUGUACCACUUGGAAUGUCCCUGGCCGGCAGCCCAGAAGGAAAUUUUCAUGAUCAAUGCAUACCGGACACCAAAGGACAAGAUCCGCUGUGUCCUUCGUUGUUCACAGACCAUCAUGAACCUUCUCAGUAUGGCCAACGAGAAGUCAGUGCCUGCCGCCGAUGACUUCAUGCCUGUACUCAUCUAUGUUCUCAUCAAAGCCAACCCCUUUGGGUUGCUGUCAACCAUUCAGUAUGUGAACAGUUUCUAUGAAAAGCGACUUCACGGAGAGGAGCAGUACUGGUGGCUGCAACUGACCUCUGCUGUUGAGUUUAUUAAGACCAUGGAGUACUCCUCGUAG